UUCACUGACGCGUUAUAUCAUGUCUGAACAAUCAAGGAUCAUGAACCGUUACGUUGUUAUCAAUUCUUAACAAAUAUAUUUAAAUGAUAACUUCUGUAAGUUUAGAUUUCAUUUCAUUUUUGCGUACUUGGUUCUUGUAUCUCUCUUGUAUACCACUAAUUUACCUUCGUGAAUAUUUAAAGGAUCACAAUGGAUAUCCAAAAAUUAGCUAAGGCUAAAAUGAACUUUGACCAAUCUGGUAUAGAUGCGAAAAUUAAUUCUGUGCGUUCUAAGGCAAAGGCCAUAGAACCUAAUAUGAAAACUACUUGGCUACUGAAAGCCAUAGGUUUUAUUGAUUUAACUACUUUGGGAGCUGAUGAUACACCUGCAAAAGUUGAAGCUGUAUGUGCAAAGGCAGUAAAUCCUCUUCAAUUGCAAUCUAAUUCAGCUGUACAUACUGCAUCUAUAUGUGUCUACCCUCUAAGAUUUCCGGAUGUAAUAGCUGUAAUGGCAAAACUUGACAAAGAACAUAAAGUUAAUAGAGAUACUGUGGCUGGAGGAUUUCCAUCUGGGCAAUUCCCAUUAGAAACACGACUUCGUGAAGUAGAAAUAGAUGUAGAGCUAGGAGCUGAUGAGAUUGAUAUUGUUAUCAAUAGACCAUUAGUUUUGAUGCAACAAUGGAAUGAAUUAUAUGAAGAACUGAAAUCAUUUCGUGCUGCUUGUGGUAAUAAAGUAUGUUUGAAAGUAAUACUUUCCACUGGAGAGUUACAGACUUUGGAAAAUGUAUAUAAAGCAUCCAUGAUUGCAAUGAUGGCUGGAGUAGAUUUUAUUAAAACAUCUACUGGAAAGGAAGCAAUAAAUGCUACUUUGCCAGUUGGAAUAGUUAUGUGUCAGGCAAUUAGAGAUUAUUAUGCAUCAACUAAGAGAAAGGUCGGUUUCAAACCAGCAGGUGGUAUUAAGACUUCACAAGAUGCCUUGGAAUGGAUGAUGUUAGCUCAAAUGGAACUAGGAGAUGAAUGGUUAACUAAAGAUUUAUUUAGAAUUGGUGCAUCCUCUUUAUUGGAUGAUAUUGUUGGAGUACUACGUUCAAAUUAAUGUUAUUAUAUACGCGGAAUAUUUGUUAUCUUUUUAUUAAAACUAUGUAUCUAAACUCUCUA